GAAGAAGAACCUGGUUGCCUAGCGACCUGUGGCAGUGUAGCGUCUAGCAACAGCUAUGGCGUCCAGCUAGGCGAGCUGCUAAUACAUGGAUUAUAAACAAUAAAACAGCGUACAAAUGCCACCAAAAAGAAAAGGACCUUUGCAGCAGGUCCAGAGAGAAGUGGACGAAAUCAAAGGACAGGUGGAGAGUCUGUUAAAAGAUGUGCAGAGAAAGGUUGAAUCCACUGAAGAGGCAUUUCGGAGAUGUCAAGAACUGCAGAUUUCAGCAGAGAAGACACUAAAGACACUGAAGAAACUGACCAAGGCUGAUGAGCUGGCUCCAGUGGGAAACUAUGAUCAGAGGAAACUAGAAGAGGAGAGACGACUGCAGAACAUCUUGGAGAGUUUGAACACACUCUCUCUGGAGCUUUCACCACCAGGACCCAGUACUGCAGCAGGGGAUGCUUCAAAGGAAGAUAGUGAGGAUAACAAUGAUGACAGUGACGAGGAUGAUGAUGACGACGAUGAUGAUGAUGAUGAUGAUGAUGAUGAUGAUGACGACGACGACGCUGACCACGAAGAUGAGAAGCAAGCUCUGAAACCGCCCUCUCAGUCAGACCCUCGCAUCUACACAGCCCUCAGUGACUUCAGAGGAGAACAGGAAGGAGAUCUGUCUGUUCAGAGGGGGGAGGUAUUGAGGAUUAUCAGGAAGACAGCAGAUGGAUGGUGGCUGGCUCAGGACACUAAAGGCAACAGAGGAGUUGUUCCAAAAACCUACCUGAAGAUCGGCUCUAGUGUCAGUGAUGAAGAUAAUGAUGAAGAUGAGGAUGAUGAUGAUGACAAAAAUGAGGAGGAGUCAGAGGAAGAUGAUGAAGAACUGACUGAUGGUGCUGCACAUUCCAACUGGUCGACUGUCAGAAAGGCUCUGACUGAGAUCGAUGCAACAGAUGUGCUCUCUGCCAUGGGGGCUAUACCUUCAGGAUUCAGACCAUCAACUCUCAAUAAACUGCUGGUGGAGGAAGGUGUGACAUACAGAGGAAGUCAUUAUAUUCAGCCUGAGCUUAGCCAAUCACAGCUCUCCUUUAGUGACCUCUUCCUGGACCCAGAUACUGGCAGGGUGCGUGCUCGGCAGGUCAGGACUUGUGUUUGUUUCACUCUGUGGAGCUGCAGGAUGAUUCCUACUCCUGGAGUUGGCGUUCAGGUCCUCAGCAGACACAUCCGCGUCUGUGCCUUUGAUGGGACUCAGGUGUUGAGUAACAUCCACACAGUGAGGGCGACCUACAACUCCAAGAGCCCCAAGACCUGGAGCUUCUCUCCAAGGGUGACAGGUAUCCUACCCGCCCUCCUAGAUGGAGACUGUUUCCUACGUUGCAACUCUGCGUCUCCUGACCUCGGUAUCCUCUUUGAACUGGGAGUCACCUUUAUACGCAAUUCUACAGGUGAGAGAGGAGACCUGAGCUGUGGCUGGGCUUUUCUCAAACUGACAGAUGACACCGGAAAUCCACUCCCUAACAGGACCUAUGAGCUGCAAGUGAACGGUGGCACUCCCUAUGAGAAGGACGUAGCGGUGGAGGCUUCAGUCACCAGAGGAUCUCCAGGUGGUGUUUUCCAGCAGAUGCUUCAGUCCAGGCGGCAACCCAAACUGAUUGUAAAGUUGAAGUCAACCAACAGUCGGACCAGAACUCAGCUCAGUCUGCUUCCAGACACUCUGCUGCACAGUCUGAGCUGCGUCCACCUGCUCGCUCUACACAGACAGCUGCUAGCUGACACACUACUGAUGGACAGGCCUACCAUGCAGAAUGCAGAUCUUAUAUGCAGUCCUGUCCUCUCUACCUUCCCUGUGCUGUUGGACCAACCAGACCUGCUGGACGCUCUCAGGAGUGCCUGGCUGUAUGCUGAGACCCACAUGAGCAGAGCACAGAAGAGAGACUUGUCCUAUCUGAAACAGGAGUUUGUUAAAGUCUACAUGUCGUCGGUCUAUUUCCUCCUCCACUCACCCUCGCUGCCUCGCCAUCGCUGGGCGGACCCGCCCUCAGAGGAGCAGCGUGCCAGAGUCAUCUUCUCUCUCCUGGAUGCUCUCAAAAACUUCCAGCACACCAACGGGCAAUCAGGAGGCCCAGAGGUCUUUGUUGACUCUAUGCAUCAGCAUCUGGCCUUUGAUGUCACAGAGUUGACCUUUGACCUCCUCCAUGUGGCACGGUAACAUCACAUAACUCAGAGGAACGGUACAAUCUGAUUGAAGUUGUUUACAAUAUUAUUAUUAGAUAUUUUAUCAUCAAAAUUGUAGAUAAAAAAAGAAAAUGUAACUAUGCUAGACAGCUAUUUGGUUUAUUAAAAAUAGUAAAACCCUUAAAUGUGCCAUAAAUAAAUUGUGAAACUUUUUUAAAAUUUGUAAAAUGAAAGCAGGUGAUAUUCUAUAUUUUUAUAAUUGUCAAUAAAUCCGAUGAAACGACCAAAACCUACAAUGUGUCCAUUUCUCUGUACUUUCUGACUCCCCCCUGUGGCACGCAGUCUCAAGCCUUUUGACUCAUACAGAAGAGGACUUUUUUUUUUUUUUUAAAGCAUUCAUGAAUGAAUAGUUUUUUAAAAGGACAAAUAAUUUCCUACAACUGGGAGCCACUAAAGUUUAUAGCAAACAUCACUCAAACUUGAGUAAAUAGUCUAUUUGUUAUGGAUUAUUUCCAACUGCAGAUUUAAUGCUCUAGUGAGCAUCUCUGGCAGCGGGACGGUGUUUGUGGUAUCGAUUCAAGAUAAAUACAAUGCCCUUGUUUGUGAUAAUGAUGGAACAUGCAAACAAGUGCAACAGUGUGGCUCAUUGAUGUAUUUUGGACAACAAUGAUGGUCUAUGCCACAGAGGAAUAAGUUAUAUCAGAGUUUGCAUACACAGGCAAUACUUAUAAGUAGGAUCCAUUCAUUGUUGUUUUCUGGCUUUUCAUCAGAUUUGUUGACAAUACAACAGAAUAUCACCAGACUCAGACUCUUUGCCUCUACUCUGCAUUGUGACAGGAAAUAAAGUGGUCUUACUGUAGUUCUGAGAAAUACUAGAACAUACAGUAAGAAAUCUUUGUGUACUUUGUGGUUACAUAAGGCAAUGAUUAUGGCUAAAGAUCCUGAAUAGGUGUGAAACAAAAGGUUGAGCAAACUUGGACAAUGGUAACAUUAUCAACAAAGAUCUCUUUUUAAUGCAAUCAUUGAGUGAUGUGUUUAGGUAAAUAACAUGUUGAAGGAAGAGAGGAACACUUUUCACUGAGACCAAAACAGAUUUCUAUGAUAACAGAACCAAUAAUGACAUUACAAACAUAUUUGAUACUGGUAUUUAUUGCCAAAUGUUGUUCUAUUUUGUAAUAAACAUUCUGUCAAAAUCA